GUAUUCCAGCACCAAUGCAGCUGCACCAGUGCUAGCAAUCAUGUAAGCACUAGUGUGAUCUGGGUGCUGGCAUUUUUACUGUUUUAUCAUGAAAACUUGUUGUGACCAGGGUAGUAAAAACACCCGUGCCUUGUCUGCAUAACACUCAGCACUAGUUGAACUGCAUAUUGCCAGAAUAAGGGUAUACAUUUUUCUGGUGCAGUGCAGACACACUCUUAAUGGGAAAAAUUAAGCUGAACUGAGCAAAAGGAGAGGGAGAAUAGGGCAAAACGAAGGGAUUAAGAAACCAGGCAAUUUUGAAAUACUUGGAAAGAUAAUGGGGAUUGGAAACUACUGCAGGUUGAAAAGAGUAAUAAUGCUUAAUGUCUUGGAGUAGUUGUUAGAAAUGAAUCCAGGGUAACCUCAAGGCUUAUGGAGGCUGCUGUCUCUUUAAAUGGAAUGACCUUGCAAGAUGCACUGAAACAGGAAGAGUUUGUUAAAAGCAAACAGUGAAGGAUCGGAGAAGUGGGACGAGGGAGAGCAUUCUAUAUAGCUACAAACAGGACAGUGUAGCUUCUCCUUUUGGUACUUUCUUCAGCUUUUCCUGUAUGACACAGAUUUUACUUAGAAGGUUUAUCGUGGUGAAGUCCCCUUUCCUAAGAACAAACCAGCAGAAAAAAAGAGGGGAAACCAAAAAAGGGGGAACUUUCUAUCCUAAAGCAGACAUUGUCUGCUGGAGUCCGAUAGAACAAUGAGAGAUCCCCUUCCCAGCUGGGCCUGCUUGUCUUACAGCCUGUUCACCUUCUCCUUGCUUUGUGUAACAGCUGAGAACCAAUGUAAGAUCAGAAAUCAAGUGGCUGACUGCAGUCAUCUAAAGCUGAAACAAAUUCCUUCAGAUCUCCCAAUUAAUAUAACAGCGUUGGACAUUUCUCAUAACCAGCUAAAUAAGCUACCACCUGCAAAUUUAACAAAGUACAGCCAGCUUAUUUACUUGGAUGCAGGAUCCAACACCCUCUCUAAACUUCAGCAAGAAUUGUGCCAAACUUUGCCCCUAUUGAAAGUUUUGAAGCUGCAACAUAAUCAGUUGCAUGAGCUCACUGACAAUGUUUUUGCUUCCUGUUCCAGCCUCACUGAGCUCAAUUUAGGGUACAACAUAAUAGAGAUCAAAAGCAAUCCUUUCAAAAACCUGAAGAAUUUGAACAUACUGGAUGUAUCUCAUAAUCGUUUGCUUUCUACAAAAUUAGGAACCCACCAACAGUUGGAGAGCCUUCGUGAGCUUGUGCUGUCAGAGAAUAAAAUCACUGAGUUAAAAAAGGAAGAACUAGAUUUUCUUAGCAACACUUCCUUAAAUAGGCUUGACUUAUCAUCAAACCCACUGAAAGAGUUUCACACAGGCUGUUUACAUGCAAUUGGAAAUCUGUAUGGCCUUGUGCUGAACAAUGUUAAGCUUGACGAAAAUCACACAGAGAAACUUUGCUUGGAAUUAUCAGGCACAAGAAUUCAGAAUCUGUCACUGAGCCAGGUCCAGCUUUCUUGUAUUUACAAGUCAACCUUCCACGGACUGCAAACAACAAACAUCACAGUUUUAAACCUUUCCAAAAAUUAUUUGAGCGUGAUAAAAAAUGACUCUUUUACCUGGCUUUCAAACUUAGAGAAUUUAAACCUAGAGGAUAAUAGGAUUUCUCACUUAUUUUCUCAUUCAUUGUAUGGAUUGUCCAGUGUCAAAUAUUUGAAUCUGAGAAGGUCACGUGUCAGAAAAAUUGAUGAUUUCUCCUUUCGUUGGCUAAGCCAUUUAGAGUAUCUUCUUAUAGAUGGUAAUAAUUUUCAAGAAAUUACUCCCAAUAUGUUCACUGCCUUGGACAAUCUGAAAUAUUUGAGUCUAUGUAACUGGACCAAUGGCUUACAAAUAAUAACUAAUAAAACAUUUUCAUCACUUGCUAAUUCUACUCUUCAGUUUCUUAAUCUUACGAAAAGUAGAAUCACAAAAAUAGAAAGUGGUGCAUUUUCUUGGUUGGGACACCUAAAAAUUCUUGAUUUGGGACUCAAUGAAAUAAACCAGGUGCUUACAGGUCAUGAGUUUAAAGGUCUGCAAAAUAUUGAGGAUAUCUACCUUUCCUACAACAAAUGGUUGACUUUGACAAGUGAAUCGUUUGCUUUUGUUCCUAGCCUUAGAAAACUGAUGCUACGGAAGGUAGCUUGUAGCAAUCUGGAUCUCUCCCCUUCACCUUUUCACCCUCUACGGAAUCUAACCAUCCUGGAUAUCAGCAACAACAAUCUAGCUAAUGUAAAAGAGGAUUUGUUUGAUGGACUUCACAAACUUGAAAUUCUGGAUUUGCAACAUAAUAAUUUGGCUCGACUUUGGAAACAUGCCAAUCCAGGUGGCCCUGUCCUUUUUUUAAAAGAUCUUCUUAACCUGCAUAUACUUAAUUUGAAAUCUAAUGGCUUGGAUGAGAUACCAGUACAAGUUUUCAAGGGCUUGUUUCAAUUAAGAAGCCUGGAUUUAGGAUCAAAUAAUUUGAACUUGCUUCCAGCAUCUUUGUUUGAUGACCAGAUAUCUCUGAAUUCAUUGAUCCUUCAGAAAAAUCUUAUAACAUCUGUUGAAGAAAAAGUGUUUGGGACAGCUUUCAAGAAUCUGAAAGAACUAGAGAUGGAUUCCAAUCCAUUUGACUGCACCUGUGAAAGUAUCUCCUGGUUUGUUAAUUGGCUUAAUGUGACCCAAACAAACAUACCUGGAUUAGAUACCCAUUACCUUUGCAACACCCCACCUAAAUAUCAUAGUACUCUGGUGAUGCAUUUUGACAUUUCACCUUGCAAAGAUAGUGCCCCUUUUAAAUUAUUGUAUAUAAUAAGCACCACUGUGAUAAUGCUCCUCAUCUUUAUUGUUAUUCUUAUCCAUUUUGAAGGCUGGAGGAUAGCAUUUUACUGGAAUGUGUCAGUAAAUCGAGUACUUGGUUUUACAGAAAUAGACAGGCAACAGGAAGAAUUUGAUUAUGAUGCCUAUGUUAUUCAUGCAAGAAGGGACAGGAAUUGGGUGUCCAAGAACUUCAUUCCUCUGGAAGAAAAUGAUCAAUCUCAAAUUAGGUUUUGUUUAGAGGAACGAGACUUUGAAGCAGGCAUAUCUGAAUUUGAAGCCACUAUUAAUAGUAUAAAAAGAAGUCGGAAGAUUAUCUUUGUUGUCACUGAACAUCUCUUAAAAGAUCCCUGGUGCAAAAAGUUCAAGGUGUACCAUGCUGUCCAGCAAGCUAUUGAGCAAAGUCGGGAUUCCAUCAUACUGAUCUUUCUUCAUGACAUUCCAGAUUACAAACUGAAUCAUGCACUUUGCUUGAGAAGAGGAAUGUUCAAAUCUCGCUGCAUCUUGGAUUGGCCAGCUCAGAAAGAACGUGUCAAUGCAUUUCAUCAGCAAUUAAAAAUGGCACUUAAAUCUAGCAGCAACAUACAUUGAAUUUCUAAAGUAUAAUAUUGAACUGUUAGGACACUUCAUUUCAGACUGACUAAAGGACAACAGUUCUUAUGGGGAAAAUUAAACCAAUCCACAGCAACUCCUCUAUUUUUCCUAUUAUGUGUUUUUAAUUGGUAAUUGUUCUUAUCCUUCAUAUAUUGUUUCACCUUUAUUCUGAGUUUAUAAAAUGGUCAUGAUGAACACAAAAAAUAGGACCGACAACUCUUUCAAACUGUGAUCAUAAAGAAUCAGCUUAUUUAAAAUAGAGCAGAAAUAGAGUGAAGAAAGGGGUGGGGAGAAUGAGUAGUGGCAUGGUAAAUUUCCACAUAAAGGGGUGCUGAAAAGACUAGGACUGUUUACUUUAGCGAGGAAAUGAAUAAGAGGGAGGAAAUGUGAUACAGAUAUACAAACUAAUGAAUGCUAGAGUGGGAGUAUGCGCCUGGACAUGUAGACCUCAUUUGUUAAUUCCUUCAAUGUUGGAGAGGGCAGUGUGCAGGUCUUCUGGCUUAAGGUGAAUUUUAAGCAAUGUGUGAGGAUCCAGAAUUUCUCUCCUGCUUCCUAAUUCUAAUAGUCUUCUAUCUAGAUACCUCCCCUCUAAAAUAGCUUGAAUUUAGGGCAUCCCUAAAGGAAAUGUUUUAGUAUUCUAUAAAUUCAAGAACAGUAAAUUGAUAUUUCUAGUCCCUUAAUUUUUUUUUCAAAUGGAAGAUGCAGUCUGAUAAAUAUUGCUUCCAUAGCAGAUAGCUAUUAUCCAAAAUACAUUUUCUGGGUAUAAGGACCUUACCUUGCAAAGUUCUAAGCACCCUCAACUCCCAUUAAGUUCAAUACAUCACAGGAUUGGGACCUAAUUGCCACAGGUAUAGUGCAUAUAGUUCUAAUUCCUGAAAUAUUAUGAUUACACAGAACUUUUUGUAUAUAAAACAAAUAAUAUUAGAGAAGAGGGGACAUCCUGGCUCCCCUGAAGUGAGUGACAUUUUGCUAUUGCCAUCAUCCACAGUGUCUAAUCUUGCUUCAAUUCAGUGGGAGCGGAUAUGGAUCAAAGAAAUGAAAUGUGCUUUGUUUUAAUCUUUUGUAUCAUGUAUGCAGUAUGGAUGCUUCUAUUGUGUAGCGUGUAUUUUUAGUGUCUCUUAGAUAUUAUGUAAUUUUUUUUUAGUUCUACCUUUUGGUUUUUCCACUUAAAAUGAGUUGAGUUGGAAAACGGUGUUUAAAUAAGAAUGGCAUACUGGUACCAUGUGUUCUGUAAACAGUACAAUUAAUAGUCAAAGGGAAAAAGAGUCUUACCAGUGACUUGACUAGAGUGCACUCACAGCUACCCGUAGGACAGAAUUUGAUGGAGGAACCAGGCUAUUGCUCUGACAGUAUCAAACAGUGAGGCCCUAAUUCGCCACUCCCUUGUACCAGGCUACUAUUCUGAUUUGGUGAAGUUUCAGACUCAUUUGACACAUGUAUAAAUGACUAUACAAACUGCAAGGCAGUGAAGAAUCAGUCCUUAAACCUUUUAAACCCUUUUAGGGACAAAUCUUCCCUCUCCCAUAAUGGAAGUCCCCCAUAAACUGAGAAAUUGGUAUGGUUCUGCUGUGUUGGGUGCCUAGACCAUGGAAGUCUAUGCAAGGGGUAUAUACCUUCUGUGGUGCUACGAGUCCAGCUUCCUAGCCCUGUGGACAGGAUUCUUUCUGCCUUGGUCUCCAUGGCUUUCACUGAUAUUCAGCCAGCUAGUUGUGCUGUGCACUAAAUGGGGCCUGUGUGUUUUUGUACAGACAUAAUCAUAUACUAUUUGAAAUGCAAUAUGUCUCUUUAAGAGUGUCAUAAACAGAUAGUUAAGGGUUAAAGUCUCUUUUACCUGUAAAGGGUUAACAAGCUCAGUAACCUGAGGAACACCUGACCAGAGGACCAAUCAAGG